GAAGAACAGGCAGGAAGUAGUGAAUGAAGCAAAGUAUCCAAAACAAAACACAACCGGAAAUGGAAGUUGGUAAUUAAAGUCACAAGUUGUCAUGCAGCCGUCGUGUUGGCGCUCUUACUCUACUCGCUGCGUGACUUUGACAAGUUUCAACUCGAAAAGGGUCGUAUAGUUUGUUAUGUAGCAGAGUGAGCGCCACACAAAACACCGUAAUGGCUGACUGGAGGACUUUUAAUGUGGUCAUUUUAGGUGUGGGAUUCUUGUUCAUCUUUACCGCCUUCACCACCUGUGGGAACAUUGAGCAAACUGUGGUGAAAAGUCUGCAAAAUGACACUUUCACAGGAAGUGGAUAUCACAGUCUGGGAAUCAUCUACGGGGUCUUCUCCUUUUCCAAUCUGGUGGCGCCGGCGGUGGUGGCGAUACUGGGGCCGAAGAUGACCAUGUUUGGGAGCGGGCUGAUUUACAGUGGCUACGUGGCCGUCUUCAUCGAGCCGUCCACGUGGUCCUUCUACUUGACGUCCGUGCUGAUUGGCGUCGGUGCUGCUUUGCUGUGGACGGCUCAAGGACUUUUCCUGGUGGAGAACUCGGAGGCUGCCACCAUCAACAGGAACACAGGGAUGUUCUGGGCUCUGUUACAGUGCAGCAUGUUGUUUGGCAAUCUGUACAUUUACCUGGACUGGAAUGGAAGAACAGAAAUACCAGACAGCAGUAGAAAGAACAUUUUCCUGGCCAUGGUGGUGGCUUCUGUGGUGGGGACUUUGUGCUUCCUGGUGCUCAGGAGUUCUCCUCCCCAAGAGGAGAUCCUUUCUGAGGAGGAAGGAGUGUCUUUGCUGUCUUCACAUGUGGUGUACAAGCACCGAGCGAGCACGGCCCUGCAAGAGAUCAAGGCGGACAUCCAGACCAUUCUGCAGCUGCUGAAGACCAAAACCAUCCUCCUCCUGAGUCCCAGCAUGGCCUACAGCGGCCUGGAGCUGUCUUUCUACAGCGGCGUGUACGGAACAUGCAUCGGAGCCACCGCGCAGUUCGGAGAUUCGGCGAAAGGCCUCAUCGGGAUCUCCGGCAUCAUGGUGGGCGUGGGCGAAAUCAUCGGUAAGGCGGAUCCCACCCACCAGUCACCGAGGCGCCAUCGAGACUGGUACGAGCGCUGUUUUUUCUCGCCAGGCGGGGGCUUGUUCGGAUUGAUGUGCAAGAACACUCGCUUCCGGCGCACUUCGGUGGUCUUCCUGGGAAUGGUGGUCCAUUUCGUAGCCUUCUAUCUCAUCUUCCUCAACAUUCCCGAUGAUGCUCCCGUUGUCUUCCACACCGUCACCCAGAAGAGCCCCUUUCUGACUCCAAGCGUGCCCAUCGUCCUGCUGUGCAGCUUCCUGCUGGGCCUGGGAGACAGCUGCUUUAACACGCAGCUCUACAGCAUUUUAGGAUGCGUGUACAUGGAGCGCAGCACGCCCGCCUUCGCCAUCUUCAAAUUCAUCCAGUCUGUUUUCGCAGCAUUGGCGUUCUUCUACAGCGGCGACGUGAUGCUAACGUGGCAGCUCCUCCUCAUGGUCAUCCUGGGCUUCGGCGGCACCCUCUGCUUCUUUAUGGUGGAGCGUAUGUACAACUUCACCACAGAACCGCUGGAAUAACAAGUUAGAAAAAAAACAAACUUCGAUUUGCUCGCCAAUGCAGUUAAACCACGCGUUAUUUCUCUCGUCAUCCUCGCCGCCGCAGGAGCCUUUGCAUAUUUGCUGAUGGCGUGACAUCGCCCGCGCUGUGAUCACAGUUCAUUAACACCACACACACUUUCUAACAUUUAUGACCACUUUGCAUUCGCCCUCAGCUCAGGUCUGGCCACUUUUUUUUGGAAAUAUUUUAUAUGCAUCUCAAACUGUCACUUUAUUGCUUUUAUAGCUCAUCUUUUUUUGUGUUUUUCACUAUCAAAUAUUUCUCAGAAUAGGAGCGCUCGACAAUCUCUGGUCUCCGUUUUUGUACAUUACUCAGUCUUAACAUUUGAAAACUCACACACUGUUUAUUUAAAAGCACUACUAACAAGCCAAAAUCACAUUUUUAUGGAGAAUAAAGCUAAUUGUUUCAUAUAAUAA